GAAUCUUGAUAAUUAUUGAACGAUAAAUCCUCGAAACGCUGCAGGAAACACGGACCCUAAAUAUGUUAUCGAUAUUGUCUGGUACCCUUCUAAAAUUCUUUCGUUCACUUGGCUCCACAUAUAAAAUAAGCCAACAUACACACAAAACAUAAAUACCCGACAGCAGUGGGUGGUAUGAGAGAAAAUACUAUCAGAUUGACAACGUGCAAUGAAUUACCAUUUACUAAUAUUACUUGUUGUAUUUGACCGAGAUAUUUUAGUGAAUAGCUUACUUGUUAGGUAGUCAUUCCAUUGAUAUUUAUCGUGAUUAGAAAACUUGAGCUUGAAGCAGAGUGUUACCACGCGGUAAAAUAUAGUACUAUAUGUGAUAAUAUAGUAGUAGUAUCUUUGAAAAGUACUUUUGAAAUUGAAAUAAGCAAAUUGAUUUAUUAUAUUUAUUCAAUUAAACUAGUUGUACACAUAGCACAACAAGUGUGUACAAAUUUGUAUGAUUAAUUAUUAGAAAAUUCAUAUUACGCCUUGAAGGAUUUUAUAUUACUGAUGAUACGGCAAUAUUAGAAUGGAAACUGAGAAGAAAAGAUAUCAGAAGAAAAGUCGUCCAUGUAAAUGUGAAAUAUGUGAUAAAAUUUUCACCACGUCUUUUUCAUUAAAAGACCACUUAUUAAUUCACACUGGUGAAAAACCAUUCAAGUGUGAAAUAUGUGGCAAAACGACUCGUAUUUUGGGGAAUUUGAGAAAGCACAUGAGAACUCACGAAGAAAACAAUACUUACAAAUGUAAAAUCUGUGAUCGUCAUUUUAAACAAAAGGAAUACUUGAAAUCACACAUGACGGUUCAUAGUGAUACAACACCACAUACGUGCAGAAUAUGUCACAAGUCGUACAAGCGUGCACAUGACCUGACAUGCCAUAUGCGAACGCAUACGAGAGACCAAAUGUACUCUUGCGGAAUCUGUUCUUUUAAGACCCUUUUUAAUUCAAACCUCUCAAGGCACAUGAAAACGCACGAGGAUGACAAACCUUUCCAUUGCAAAUUGUGUGAAAAAUCGUUUCUAAGCAAAGACGACCUUGCCGUACACGUGAUAGGCGUUCAUAGUUCUGAGAAACCGUUUAAGUGCAAAGUCUGUGGGAAGACCAUGAAAUACGCUUCAAACUUACACAGACAUAUGCGAAGACACGCUAAAAGACCGUUUUCCUGUGAGUUGUGCGGUAAACAAUUUAAAGAAAAGUCCGAGUAUGAGGAACACAAGCUUGUAAAUGAUCCUGGAAAGCCAUACACUUGUGAACAUUGUGGAAUAAAACGUUGCAAAAAGGAAAGCAUGAAUUUGCACAUAAAAAUUCACUCUGAAAAAAAUUCUGGUGUGAAAUCUGUGAUAAAAAAUUUCUACUCGAAUCCUAUCUGAAAAGGCAUAUACGAGUGCAUCUAGAAGAACAAGACAAUCAUUUGGAAUAACAGGAUGAGUUCAUUUCGCGUUUUUGCAGCUUGAGCAGCAGUUUUCAAAUUAUGUAUCCUAAUAGGAACGAAAUUGGGGUCACCUCAAAUCGAUCUAUCCAGGUUCCAAAAUACCCUGACAGCGUUGAAUUAUGUAGAAUACUUCAUCACAAAGUAUGAGUUUAUUCAGAAUCAAUACCCUCAUGAUACAUUCCAUCUAAUCGCUUUCACGAUUCCACGUAGAUGUUGAUUUGACGAAAAUCAAGAUAAAUGGUUUAUAUCGUGAAAAGGAUAUAAUAAUAGGGUUGAUGAGUGGACAUACGGGAUUCAAGACAAGUACUAAACUAAAGAUUCAAAGAUACUAGAUAAGAAAGCACUGGAUCGAUUUCUUCAAUUCCAUUCGACACGUGUGUUAUUAAUAUAUUGAAAAUUCAUAGAAUAUAUUAAUAUCUGUAGAGUCGCAAUGUCUUGUCAAUUCAUUUUAUAUAUUCGUUUUUUGAUUUUCGUUGUGUUUUGAUAUUUUUACCGGUACUUUUUAGUAUCGAGUAUCGACUAAUUGGAAGUUUUGUGUAUAUGCUUUUGGUAUCAUUGGAAAUAAUGAAUAUCCUUUUGGUAUUCACACUGUCUAUCGUACUACUUACUAUUCUUACUAACACUGUGCUGAUUGUCUAGUGACUAGACUCUAAUCACUCAUGUCAUAUAUGGAGUCCUAGAAAAUCUACAAUCAAAUUCCUAACUGAACAAAAAAAAAUGUUUAGGAUUUUUGACUUUUUCGAUUUCAGCUUCGUACUCCGAGAAAAUCGAAUUUUAAUAACAAAAUUUUCGUGUAUGCAAGCCUUAUUUAAUAUGAUGUUAAAAAUGCUUGGCCAAAAAAUUCAACGUUUGUUUUCAG